AUGCCUCCAGUCCCACGAGGAGAGGAUCUUGCCAGUCAGGACUCCUGGGCCCAGGCAGGAAAGGCGGAGCGGCAGGAGAGCACGGACGGAGUGCACGGCGCCCAGGAGUUCAGGUGGAAGGAGUUGGCUGCAUUUGCGAGAAAGCGCCACUCCUCACUGGAGAGGGCGUCUGAAGUGGCGGCACUGACAGCGGAGGAAUGGCAGCCUCAGAGGGAUCUGCUGAAAGAAGCGGUUCCUCUGGCUGUGCCAAAGGUUUCCCGCCGGCAGCGGCCAGCCCACAGGGGCCUGGAGAAGCUGCUGCAGGAGUUCUCCCGCCAAGGGCACACCCUGUCCCAGGUGUGCAGAGAGAAGGCAGUGCUGGCACAAGAGAACGCUGCCCUGGAAGCACGACUGGCAGCCACGGAGCGGGACCUGCGAGGCCUUUCAGAGCAGCUGGCAGAGGCCAGGUCAGAGAAGGAGAGCCUGCAAAGCAGCCUGCUGGAGGCUCAGCAGCACAUAUGGGAGCUGGAGAUGGCCAGGAGCCGUGUGGAAGCCCAAGUGUGCAGGGCCAGGCAGGCCAAGGAGGCGAUACUGGAGGAUGUGAGGGGCCUUCGUCGUGAGCUGCUGGCUGUAAGAGCGCUCAGCCAGCAGCAAUGUGAAGACAUGGCUGAACAGCUCCGCUGGGCACAAGAGCAGUGCUGCAAGGCUUUGAGACUCUGGCAGUCUGCCCAGGAAGAGGAAAAAAGGAAUCUCGUGCAAGAACUGGAGAGACAACUGGAAGAGCAGCAUGUGGAGGCACGGAAGCAGCUGGAGGAACGGGCAAACUUCCUGGCAGAGGUGCUGCAGGAAGAGCAGCGUCAGAAGGCUGCUGUCAUCCACAAGGUGUACCAGCUGCAGAGAGAGCUGAAGCAAAGUGAGCAGCUGAGGCAGAGGCUGAAUGAGCAGUGGCAGAACGGGCAGGUCAUGCUGCAGGAAGCUGAGAGGAAGAUGAGGGCAAUGGAGAAGAGGCACCAAGAGGAAAUGGAAAGGAUGCACAAGGUCCUGCUGCAGUGCAGGCUGGCUGAAGAAAAGCAGGUGGACGCAGGAUCUGCCAUCGAAGCUGCUGGUGCAGCAGCAUCCUGCCAAGAAGCCUCCUCUCCACAGCCUGAAAACCAGAGCAUGAGCAGCUCGGCCCGCUCAAGCCAGGAGAGAGAGAAGCAGUUCCUGAAGCUGCUGAGGUGUGUGGUGAGUGUGGAAGAUCCAGAAAAGAAGUACACUGGAUGGGAACAUCUUGGCAGUGGGGGCUUUGGAGCUGUUUAUAAGGCCUUCAACACUGCCACAGGACAAGCGGUGGCUGUAAAGGAACUUUAUCUCCAGCACCAGGGCUGUGAGGGAAUAUUAAAAGAAAUCCUGCUCAUGAGAGAAAAUAAGAACGCCAAUAUUGUCAGCUACUUAGAAAGCUACCUUGUGGAUGAGGCUGUCCUGCUGGUGUUGGAAUAUAUGGAUGGAGGCUCCUUAGCUGAUGUGGUCACCGUGAGAAGGAUGGCUGUAGGACACAUAGCAACAGUGUGUCGGGAGUGCCUGCAAGGCCUGGCUUUCCUUCAUGCCAAGCAGGUGAUCCACAGAGACAUCAAAAGUGACAACAUCCUUCUGGGCCGGGAUGGCUCCGUCAAGCUGGCUGAUUUUGGCCUCUAUGCUGUGCUCAGCCCUGAGCACAGGAAACGGAGGUCGAUGGUCGGGACCACUUACUGGAUGGCACCCGAGGUGGUGAGAAGAGAGCCUUACAGCCCCAAAGUGGACACCUGGUCCCUUGGCAUCGUGGGAAUAGAAAUGGCCACAGGAGAGGCUCCUUAUAUGCAGGAGACCAGUGUCAAGGCCAGCUACCUGAUAGGCAAGCAAGGGGUUCCAAAUCUGCAGCAGCUCAGGCUACCCCCUGGCUUGUGUGAAUUUCUGGGCUGCUGCCUGCAGAUGGAUGUGGACAGGCGAGGCUCUGCCAAGGAACUUCUGCAGCAUCCAUUUCUGCAAUCAGCGGAGCUUCUCUUAAGCCUCUUCUGACAGCCUGAUUGCUGCCAUCCCUGCAGCAAGGGAAUGCAGGGAGCAAAGGAGAUGACAAGGACCACUUCAGCACUGGAGAACAGAGCCUCUGAGAGCACGUAGGAAUCCAGAGGAGAGAGGGGCCGGGAAAGAGGCAGCCAUCAGAUCAGGAAAGGAAGGUGACAUCUCCUUUUGUCCCACCUGCUGAUCCUCCUUCUGAAUUUCUGGUUUGGACAGCAUUUCUGGAAGGCACAGAGACACUACUGAUGUGCAUUUUCUGGUGGGGGGUGGUGUGAGGCAUGAAGCUUCCACUGAUUAUUUGGUGAACUUGGAUGGAACUUCAUUGGAAGUGUCUUCCUCCCCUCACCAGGAGCUGGAAGGGCAGCAUUUGGAGGCACAGCAGCUGCUGGCAGCAUGGGCAAACUUCCUGGCAGAGGUAGAGAAGGAGCAGGAGAAAAGGCUGCUUGAGAUGAAGCAGGAAGUUGCCACCAUGCAAGCUGACCAAGAAGAGAAAAUACGGAGCCAUUGUCUCUUUGGAGCAACGCCAGCACUACAAGGAUGACUUCAAUGCAGAAUAUGAGGAAUAUCGGAAUUUAUAUUUAAAGAUUGACAAGACCAUCAAGAAGUUCAGACAUUUUCAGGAACAAUGGAAGUCUCUGACUCCAGGCUCCAAAGCCCAUCAGAUGCCGCAUCAUUGAGUCCCAGCAGAUUAUCAGCAGUUACAACAGGGUAGCCCCAGCUACUCUGAAAUAAGGAGCAGGUGCCAGUACCUCCACAAGAAGUUGGCCCAUAUUCAGAGCUGCAUUUCUGAAUUUGAGCAGCAGUGAGUGGAGUACUGGCACCAGACAUCUGCUUCAACAGAGGAACAUCUUUGAACUCAGGAUUUUUCACUUCAACGGAGGAUUAGGAUGUUUUGGAUUAUUUAAGUUAGUACAGAACCUUAGGCUAUGUUAGCACUUUGGAGUAGAUGAUUUUUUAAAAAUGUAGGAUUAGUUCAUAGAAGUUUAGUAAUUUUAAGAAGUUGAAAGAUGAUAGUAUUGAAUAUUAACAAUAAAGAAAUGUCACUAUUGGUAAUUCCAUCUCUCAAUGUUGAUUGUAUCAUGUUUGGAGUGGCUUUUUGCUGGUGAAUUCUUUUCUUCAAGACUUACGUUUGUCCAUUGAAAUAAAUUGAUCAGUAGAGGGUGGAAGCCCACUACUUCUACUAUGAAGUGCUCAUUUUAAGAAAAUAUUGCAGUUGGUGGAAAUUCUUUAUGAUAAGUGUAGGGGUGUUUUUGACCUUUCUUAUUAAUUCAAACUCUUUGCCAAAGUUGUCAAAGGCUUAGAAGUUUGGACAACCCUGUCCCCAAAUGACCUCGUUUUGGAGGGUUACAGAGGAGUGCACAUGGGCUGCUCUAAGCUGUCAGCUGAAGCAGCUCUCAGGACUGCUUGGAGAUCAUGGCCUCGCCUUCUCAGUGAGCCAGGGAAGAUGCAGAUCUCUGUAAGAGUUUUCUAAAACACUUGGAGAAAUGUUGGAGGCAAGGUACUUCAAUGGAUUUUAAAAGGAAAUUCAGUUCAAGUGUCCCUAUGGAAAUGCUGUCCAUUUCUUAUCAUUUUUAAGACUAGUCUGUCUCAAGCAGCCUUUCUAGAGAGACACAGAUCGUGAUUCCUGCACAGACCUAUGGGGGCAUAGACUAGUCCUUUUCCUAAGUUUCCUCCAUGUAUUCAUUCAGCUGACAUGGCAGAGGUGUUGCCAGCAAGGCCGUAACCUUCUUUAGGGAAAGGAUGUGGAAUUGUCUGAGGGAGGAUAAUAUUUGGGAACACUCAAAGGUGGCUGGAAAUGCCCCUUUCUUCCUUGCAGAGCAUUCUACAAAUUCCUCCAUUGUCUCCAAGCCAACAAUGUUGAGUCCCUGUACCUGAGAGCCCUUGGGGUGUUUUGUGAUUGAACACCUGAGCUGUUGUUGCCCUUCUGUUCUCCUUCAAGUGAAGUUCAA